UCCAAAAACUUUGGCACACCUCCGCUGCAAUAACCCGAGGUGUCAGCACUGUCGCUAUCAUCAGCCCCGGCGGUGACGUGCACAUGCCGCCGUGAGUCAGGACACAAUGCGAGGAAAUCCCCGAGGCCGAGAACACGACGAGAGGUCCCUUUAAAUCGACGCUUCCUCGGUGUGGUGCCAGGAGAGAGAGAGAGAGCGAGCGAGACAGAGCGAGAGAGAGAGAGAGAGAGAGAGAGCGAGAGAGCUCCGAUAAACAACAACACAGUUCUCCGAGCAGCGUUUGGCGGAUCCAGCUCUGAACUGCGGCCUCAGCGAGAAAGAGGCACGGAGGACUUUCUCCCUCUCGCUCCCCAGCGGGUUGUCGUGCUGUCCAUACAUUCGUUGUUCGAUGCCAUUGCGGAAGUGAGCGGCUCCACAGACACGACGCAGCGACGCCUGGAGUGGGAGGACAUCUAGCGGCCGAUCAGGAGAGGAGCCGUGCGGCGGAGAUGUACGGAGCUUCAGGUAUCCCCGAGCUCAUCCCGCCCGCUGGGCCGCCCCGGCAGCCCGGCGCGGCAGGCCAGUACAACCCGGGACACCCCCAGGUCAACGGGCAUGGCGGCGGGUCCAACCCGCAGAGACUCGGACAGAGGGCGCCCAAACUGGGCCAGAUCGGUCGGUCCAAGAAAGUGGAUUUGGACGACGAAGACGUGGACGACAUCAUGAACAACAACGGGCAGUGUCCCGUCUCCCUCUCUCCCAUCUCCUAAACUUCACCGCGAAGUGCCAAAAAAAAGAAAAAAAGAGUGAAGCAGCCCCCCCCCACCCACCUCAGCGGGAGAGACUCCAAACCUCCACGUCGGCCGAUCUUGGCCUCGAUCGCGUCAAGUGUCCUACUGGAAGUGUCUGAUGGCUCAGCGCGGCACAAAGAGCGGCUCGUUUAGCGCCGGCCGAAGCCUCUGAUUGUAUAUAGUGUUUAUUUAACUUUGGUCAUACUGUGAAGUAAUUGUAUUGCAUCCGCACACACACAAACACACACACAUAUAGACUAUCAGGAUUAUGAGUGGGAUGUGGAGGAGAGCGUGUAUAUUUUUUUCAGAGCUUCUCAGAAAAAGGGCUACAUUUCUAAAGUUGCACUGAGCAGGCCGGUGAGAGGACGAGCGGCGUCUCGCCUGAAUGUUCACCGGCCGGGGUUACUGAUUUGUACGGCGGGGGGGGGGGGGGGGGUAACACACGCCUGUUAAUGUGUAUCACGCAGGUAAAACAUUAAGCUUUGGUUGUGCAAUGACUAUCCUUCUCUACUCUCACACUGAUGCAAGCGCUGUACUAUUUUUCCAGUGGAUGAAAGCUCGCUAUUUAUAAAAGAUGAAGAAGAAGAAGAAGAAAACGACUACUGCUAAUUAUUUAAACCAACUGAGACACUUUCUCGUGUUGUUAUGGCUUCUUCGUUCUCGCUUCUGGACGGAUACUGCUUAUCCGUUCCCGUGCGACUUGAGAUUUUACUAUGUUUUCCAAAUGGUGCACUUUGUGGGAAUGCCUGUUAUGUGCAGUGACAUGUUGCAGAAUUCUAUGCAUGGAGUCUGUGCAAAGCAUCAGUGACCGGUUCUCCUGCUGCCAAGGGCUAGCUGUGUGUGGGCAGGGUUUCAGACCACGCCACAGUUUUGGCUCUUUUUAGAUGGCGCUGAGUCGCUGGAGCUGGAUCUGCAGACUCAGCGGUUAAAUAUCACAAACAACAACACAAGGUUGUGUUUUUGUUUCCGACGCCGGGGUUUCCCAGUAGUCGGCUGCACCUAUGUGAUAACAGGUCAUGGAAAUUCCUCAAUGUUUGGAAGAAAAAAAAUAGCCGGAUGCCAAAUUAUAUGUAAUAUAUUUACAACAGAUGAUUGUUGAGCUGCUCCUACUGGGCGUCAUAGGGAAUUGCAGGUUCAGGUUGACUGUUUGAAGAUUAGGUCAACCGUCGCUUUACAAUUGCUGUAUGGGAUCCUGACAGCAAGCAGCCUAGGAUUAGCUCGUGUUGCUGAGACAAUCUCAACCUUGAUUUAUAUUUUUAAAUGGUGAUUGCAGUGGACCUCGGAGUGACAUAAUGUCUGUAAAGGAUCAGGCUGAUGUCGCGUUACUUGGUUGACUGUGGAAUUGUUACUAGUUCACUUUGCGUGGCGGAAGCGCUGCGUUCUACUCACUCAGCUUCUUCUCCGACUCGGAGGUCGUCGUUCAGGAUUUUUUCGCGGCCGCCGUUUGCAUGGAACCGGCCGACGUCUCGUGAAGCGAUCUCGCGAAAUAUAUAAAGACAAAUCUUCGUGGUAUCUUUGCAAUUUUGUGUUAUGUUAAGUGAAUGUACUUAAACAUGGCUGAUUUGCAAGUUUUUUUUCUCUCUGUUGUUCUGAUGCACUUUUGUCCGUUGUGUUCUGAAACAGCGAAAUGCAGUGAUUGAUACUUAAAAAUGCAUCUACCUGA